AUGGACAAUGACAAUCAGACAAUCAUCACAGAAUUCCUCCUCCUGGGACUCUCUGAAGAGUUGGACCAAGAAGAAGUUGUCUUUGGGCUGUUCUUGGAGAUCUGCAUAGUCACCAUCUCUGGGAACCUUCUCAUCAUCCUGGCCAUCAGCUGUGACCCUCAUCUCCACACACCCAUGUACUUCUUCCUGGCCAACCUCUCCAGUGUUGAUAUCUGCUUUUCCUCAGUCACUGUCCCCAAGGCAUUGGUGAAUCACAUGGUGGGAAGCAAGUCCAUUUCUUACACAGAUUGUUUGGCCCAGAUGUACUUUAUGCUCGCAUUCGGCAACAUGGACAGCUUCCCCUUGAGUGUGAUGGCUUAUGACCACCACUAUGUGGCCAUUUGUCACCCACUCCACUACACCAUGAUGAUGAGGCCCAGACUCUGUGUCCUCCUGGUUCUCAUAUCAUGGGUCAUCACAAACCUGCAUGCUCUCUUGCAUUCUCUGUUCAUGGUUCGACUCACCUUCUGUUCCCACAAUGCAGUGCACCACUUCUUCUGUGACCCCUACCCUAUCCUGAAACUCUCUUGUUCUGAUACCUUUAUCAAUGAUGUCACAGCCUUCACUGAGGGUGCAGUGUUAUUUCUGAUGCCAUUUGUAUGCAUUGUUGUUUCCUAUAUUUAUAUUUUCUCCAAUGUCCUGAAGAAGCCCUCUGCCCAUGGGAUAAGAAAAGCCAUCUCCACGUGUGGUUCUCACCUCACUGUGGUCUGCCUCUUCAAUGGGGCAAUCCUUGGAGUUUAUAUGCACCCCUCUUCCUCCUACUCACUACAGGAUGCAGUGGCCUCUGUCAUCUUCACAGUGGUCACUCCCAUGGCCAAUCCCUUCAUCUACAGCCUGAGGAAUCAUGACAUGAAAGCAGCCCUCAGGAAGAUAAUUCUCAGAUCCUAG